GCGACGCCGGCGCGGCCGCCCGCCGAUGAGCCGCUCCAGAGCGCUCCGCCGAAGCAGCUCGAGAGCCAGGGCUGGGACGGCAAGGCGCUCGUCGCCCCGCCGCAGCAGCCGUCCUGCAAGUUCUGCCGCACGUUCCUGGACCCGUUUGCCAAGGGCGUGCGCCUCCUCAGGAAGAGCCCCCAGGUGUUCUGUUGCGGAACGUGCAACAGCAAAACCACGACCCUCGCGGAGGUGUUCGGCCACUGGCCGAUCGACGAGUUCAAGGGGCUCUCGGCCGAGGAGCAGAGUGCCUUCUUCCAGACGCGCGGGACUGGCCAGGACAGCAUCAAGAAGGCAGUCCACGAGCAAGUCAUGAAGAAGUGGGCGCACCAGAAGACCAACAAGGUCGCUGGCGAUUUCAUGCCCGAGUGGUACUGGCGCAACCAGGGCAUGCCAGAGGAGACGAUCCAAAGGAUGAAGGCCCUGGCCCCAGGGGAAGAUCACCCCAUCUUCGGAGACACGUUCCAGGUCAUGAUCCAUGGGGCUUCCGAGUCUGCGACGGAGGAGCUUGCGAGGCAGCAGCUGCUCUCGGCGGCUACUCGGAAGGGGAAGGGCACCGCCGCAGCGGGCAGCGCUGCCGCGGGCAGCGGCAGCGCUACUGGCGAGACCGCCGCCGCCGAGGAGCCUGCGGCCGCGCCUGCGCCAGCACCAAAGGAGACGUCCUUUUCUUCGGCUUCCGACUCGGAGUCCAGCUCGAGCGAGAGCAAGAAAAAGAAGCACAUUAACAACAAGAAGAAGAAGAAGAAGCAUGAGAAGGCCAGGGAGAAGGAUAAGAGAGCGACGGAGAAGGAAGAUAAAGACAAGCAGCGAAAGGAGAAGGCUGCUAAGGCCGCGGCCGAAAAGGAGGAGAAGAGGGCGAGGCGCCAGACGCAGAGCGACGCCGCCAAGGCGCUCGCGAAGGUUUCCCCCCUCGCGUCCUCGCUCGACACGGCCCUCAGCCACAGCAUGAUCAACGAAGUUCCGAAGUUCGUGGCCAAGACCGCGAAGGAGGCGCUGGCCAUCCUCAAGAAGUACGCCCAGGAGGCCGAAGAGGCCAUCAAGACGCACAAUCCGCAACCGCUGUCGUUCAAGCUCGACGAGCUCAUCAGCAAAACGAAGGACGCGCAGGACUCCCACGACAAGCUCUUCAACGUCCUGAAGAGCGUGGAGCAGGCCGCGAAGUGA